AAAUUUGGAGCUGUCAGCUGUCAAAAAGAAGCGAUUUGUUUAUAUAUGAAAUAUUUCACUGUGUAAAUAUUUUUUAAUUUUCUAAAUAUACUUGAUAUGGAUGAAAGUGUAUUACAAAACUGGAGUCCUUACGCCAAAAAUUAUGAUCCUCUAAAGGCAGGUAGUAUCGAUGGGACGGAUACAGAACCCCAUGAUAAAGCUAUUAGUAGGGCAAUGAUGAUGCAUUAUGAGCCACCGCAUGAUUUAGAAUCUAAAUCGGAAAGAACUAUAUUUGUAGCUAGAUUUGGAGCCAAUGUCACUAAAUAUGAUCUAAAAGAGUUUUUUAGCAAAUAUGGAGAUGUUAUUUCCACAAAAGUCAUAGUAGAUGUAGUAACUGGACACUCUCAAGGAUACGGUUUUGUGGAAAUGAGAAGCGAAGACGACGUCAGAAGAGUAUUAAGACGAACUACAGAUGCCAUGUUAAAAGGAUAUAAAAUAUUUAUCGAUUAUGAAUGCGGUCGUAGCAUGAAGGGAUGGAAACCAAGAAGACUCGGAGGUGGUUUUGGUGAAAAAGAGUCAGGGCAAUUGAGAUUCGGAGGAAAGGAUAGACCGUUUAAACGACCGAUAGUACCUAAUAUUUUGAAGUCCAAGAGAUAGUGCCUAUUUUUAUAUCGUUACUAUUUCUAUUCAUUCUACUUUUUUUAAUUUUAUUUCUUUCUAUAUUUAG